AUGGCGGAUAAUGUUGGCCGGAGUUUGAGGAAACCGACGUUCGUGAAGGUGGAAAGCCUGAAGCCCGGUACCAGCGGCCACACUCUGGUGGCGAAGGUGGUCAACUCCGAGACCGUGGUGCAGAAGGGCACCGCCGUGUCGCCGCACCCCCGCAACAUCCGCGUCGCUGAGUGUCUCAUCGGCGAUGAGACCGCCGCCAUCCUCUUCACCGCCCGCAACGAACAAGUUGAUAUGAUGAAGCCUGGAAAUACUGUUAUCAUCAGAAAUGCAAAGAUUGACAUGUACAAGGGGAAGAACAUGAGGCUGGCUGUUGACAAGUGGGGCCGCAUCGAGGUCACUGAACCUGCUGCAUUUGUGGUGAAAGCCGACAACAAUCUCUCACUUGUUGAUUACGAGCUAGUGAAUGUUGGGGAGUAA